AUGUUUGCUUCUGGUUCAAACGCCGUCGCAGGCAGAAGUCUCCAAAGUUACAGCCGCGACGGUGCCGUCGCCGUAUUCGACCCCGCCACCGACGACGACAACCCCUCCACUCGACCAUACUCCAUCGACUCUCAAGGCAGGAUCGUAUAUGACCUCGGCUGGUCCCUCUGUGGAUACUAUGGUGCGACGAACGAGGAACUCAAUAGGCCUGCGACUGUUGUGACCUGCCAUAGCGAGACUCCGUUGCAGACGGCUUUUCUGACUUGCGAGUUGUCUGGUACCUUUGGGAUCGAGUGCUCGCUCCCGGCGAUCUCUUGUGUAUCGAGUGGAUCUACCAGUAUGCCUCCGACAUGUGUAGCUGCUACAGGUACUUGGAGCUUAAAUUCUGUCGGUGUUCGAGCGUUUGGUCACACGUGGCAGAUUGGCAGCAGUGAUACGCCCGCUAAUUAUGAGCGCAUGACCGUGAGCAUCCGGGAGGUUUGA